AUGUCUCUUUGUCUUUUUCCUUCCUGUCUUUUCUUUUUUUUUCAUUCCUGUCUUUUCUUUUUUUUUUUCUUCUUCCUGUCUUUUCUUUUUUCUUUUUUUUCCUUCCUGUCUUUUCUCUUUUUUUUCCCAUUUUUUCUUACUUUUAAUUUGACACCAAAUCUCCAUAUUGGAUUUAUUAUGAUGGAACCUGUGAUUUACUUGGGUAGUUGCGUGUGUGUUCUUUGUACGAUGGCCGUCAUUAUAACCUAUAUUACCUGUUUCAGAUUCAUUCGUGUUCCUAAAAAGAUGAAACAUUCUGUUAUCAACCUGAGUAUCAGCAUUCUUCUUCUCGUCAUUGGUUUUACGAUGGGCAUCAAUCGCGUAGACAACCGUCGUGCCUGUCAGAUUGUCGGCAUUGGCAUCCACUAUUGCUCUCUCUGCUGUAUCUUCUGGGUGACAAUCACUUCCAACAACAUGCUGAAAAAGUUUACGAAAGCAGAGAGGCCACCUUCACCUCCUCCAGAGCCUCUGCUAAUGCCCCUUCCCCCCAAACCAAUGUUAAGAUUUUACCUGCUUGGCUGGGGAGUACCACUCAUCAUUUGCGGAAUCACUGCUGCUGUUAAUAUGGACCAUUAUGCAGGAAUGGAAUAUUGCUACUUGUCCUGGGAUCCAGGCCUUGGAGCCUUCUAUGGGCCAGUCGCCCUCCUCGUUGGGAUCAAUCUCAUCUACUUCUUACGAAUCUCAUGUGUCAUCCGAGGCUCUACAGCCAACCCGAGUUAUUCUGAGGAAACAGAAGAAUUGCAUGUGAAUGAGAUUGAACUUUCACCAAACCAGGACCACCACCAUCACCAUCAUCAUCACCAUCAUCAUCAUCAGCACCACAAUCCCCACCAUCCAGGUUCCGGCCCAGUACCUGGCAUCCAGGCUGCGCACACGCAUCACCGUGGCACAGGUGGUGGCGGUAGUACAGUAAGCGGAGGACACCACCAACCAGACAACCGUUCGAUCCAUUCUGAUGAUAGCAAUAUCUCAAGCGCCUCCAGCAUUUUGGAUGAGGAAAGACGUCCAAUCACACAGCUACGAGCGUUGGUCACGUUCCUCUUUCUGUUUAUCGUCACCUGGGUUUGUGCAGCCAUUGCUAUUGCCCAACCCCUCAGGUCGAUCAUUCCCAAACAGGGACUCAUUUUCAGUUAUUUAUAUGGGGUGGCCAGCAUUGUUCUCGGUGGCUUUCUAGUCGGCUUUUUCUGCCUCCUGCGUGACGACUCACGCGCAUGUUGGCGACGUUUCUUCUGCUGUGAGAAAGUGGAAGACGUGUUUCAGGUUGCACCGACCAACCUGAACCAUAUGACUCACAUCAACGGGCACGUGCGGUCGGGAAGUAGUGUCGACGGAGAAUCACUGACAGGCAAGGUUUAUAACAUUGAGAGACAGAAUAAGACAAAGGCUGUCGAUCACCCAGUGAAACAGUCAAAUCUGAUCCCAAUCCAGCCACCCUCAUUUACCGACGGUUCUAUCAGCAGCGCACACGAAACAAACUAUCCAAACUUUUAUAACCCACGUCAAAAUGGGGUGGCAAAAAAAUUCUGGGAAAAAAACCGACAUAACCACCUAAAAUUGAUUAACAAGGAGAUCAAUAAAGAGGUAAACGAUUUCAAUUCUGUGAAUCUUGAUGAUCCAACUAAGCGCUAUAGCCACUGUACAAGUUCCGAUGGAAACACUCAUUGGAGCAUCGAGAUACAAAUUCAAGCCAAUCCAGAAUCCGGGAAGGAUGGUAACAUUGGUGGACGACAGCAGGGACAGUCCAAGGAUCUUGAAAAGACCCCGAACGAGCUCCCUCUGAAUGUCCAGAAUCCAUUAUCAACACCACAACCCGUAAUGUUUCCUGCAUUGCCCUUUGACAGAAACAAAGUCCCACCCGUGGGGGGACCAACAUCCCCUGAGACAAUCACUGCCAGUCCGUCUUGCAGUUUCAUCUCACCGUCUGGCUCCCAGACUCUGCCCCACUGUCAUUCACCCGGUGCAUCUUCACUGGGGUCAUACCAACAUUUAAGUGCAUUUACCCCUGUGCAGCCAAAACGAUGCAACACAUUGCCAAAAAUAGACGAUACUAAUGGUGGCCCUGGCGGGAGAGGAGGUGGAGGGAGCUGCCAGGGUGGAACUCAGCUGAGCGAGACUCGCCAGUACAUGUUCCACGAAUCAGAUAACCAAAUAUUAUGUGCCAAACACUCGUCUACGACGACGGGCCCGUCUUCGACAGCAAAGAGCCACGACUCUGACCACCACUCGGAUCCAACUCAUCACCGACGCCAUCGGACCUCGCAUGGCAGCAGACACACGCGCCUUUCGAAGCAGCACUCUCUCGGCUGGGAGGAGCAGUUCAAAGACCGGCCCCCUAAGGUGCCGUAUGCUUAUGUGAACCAUUCCUACCAGGAGAAAGUUAUACAAAAGUUGUUGAAAAAGUGUCAAGAGCAGGGUGGUGAGCUUGGACCUGUUAUUGAGGGCAGUGACAGCUCGACAGGAUCAAACCUCUAUUGGUUUCCACGCUCGUUCAGCUCAUAUGAACAAAACAGCAACACACGUGGGAGAAAGGUGGAAAAAAUGACAGAAGAUGGCAAUUCCGGGUCGGAGUCAAGUUCCGAUUCAGAGAGUUUAGAUAUCUGGUUACCACAAGGAGAGGGUCUGUCAAGCAAAUUUAAAAAAGAGACAAGUGUAUAA